CAGUUUUUCAAAUGACAAAUACAGUGUGCUACAGUGGCACUUCUUACUCCAGUGGUAUGAUCUUGACUCAUGGUUCCACGGGUGAUCUGCCAGAUUUUGUAGAAUUAACUCAGAUUGCUGUCGUAAGUGGGAGAAUUUGCUUCAUUGUGAAAUGCCUGCAUGCAUGGUAUGUUGAACAUCUUGGAAGUUUCGUGCUUGAAAACUCAAGAAGUCUUAAAGUCAUCGAACCAAAUGAGUUGUCUGACAUCAUCCCACUGGCAGCAUACAUGGUUGCAGGAAAGCGCAUGGUGACCCUGAAGCACUAUGUUCAUACACAAUAGUUAUGCAUUACACGGUAACGUACUCCUCAUUGUGCUUUACCGACAAGACACCAUUCUGUACAUAGGGCAAUGAUUUCACAAAGACAAGAUGGAUUUCUUUAUUAAUGUGACCAUACUUAAAUUACCAAACCAUACUCAAACACCUGGUGUAAAGAACGCAUCACAUGCAUGUAGAAUUGUUAACAUCAGUGAUCGCUGUUUUACAAAUGUUAACAGUAGGUGUUCAUGUAGAUGUACAUAGUUAUGAGUUAGGGGACAAUCAGCAGCUGGCACCCAUUUGAAUGGUUUCCCUAUUCAGCGUCUUUGUUCUCUGGGAUUUCUAUGGCAGCCUGUGGACUAAAAAAAAUACAAAAAUACAAAAAAAAAACUUUGUAAUGUCGAAUUUGCACUUUGCUGUAUACAGUACAUGACAAAAAUUGAAUAUAAAACUUGCCCUCAUGAUAUUGUACUGUUCAAAUAAUGUUGCUGUGUGUUACUGUAACUCACAUUGAAAUGGUUUGGAUUUGUUUACAGAUACUACAGCGUCUCUGGGAGCGAAGCUGAGAGUCAUUCUUCAGGAAUCUGACAUUCGUAGACUCGACCUGCCACUUGGAAUUCCAGCAACUGUAGGCGAGCUGGAGGCAGUUGUAAGAGAGACGUUUGGCAUCACUGGGAACUUUGUUCUACAUUACAAGGACGUUGACUUUGGCGAGGAAUACUUCUCAUUGAAUUCAACUGGGGAACUGAAAGACAGGGACACAAUUACAGUUUUUUCCUAUCGUUUUCGCUCAUGUACCCAUACUAUGGUCACUUUUCCCUAUCACUUAACACAGUUGGCUUUAGAGACACACACCUCUGCAUAUCUGUUAACCUUUGGUGCAAAAUGCACUACAACAACCACACCACAAACAAUGCUGCCAUAACUUAACACAUGUUUCCUCUCAGAACACUAUGACCUAAAAAACACUAACAUCUUGAAGCAUUGCCAAUUGCAUAUAUAAAAUGUUGCUGUUUCCUCCAGUUUGGCAUAGAUUUCCUGUAGUGUUGCAUUGAAAAAAAGAGAAAAAACACAGACAAACAUUUCUUUGGACUACAGUAAUAAAGUUUGUAAUAUUACAGUAUGACAAUCCAAGCCAAGUAUCUGCUGACAGUGUUCAUAUGUCGGUUUACCUCCCACAAAAGAUGUCACAAUUGAGUGUGGUAAAUGUACUGUAAUUGUAAAUACAGUAAAUACUGUAAGUGUUUUAUGAGAAACUGAGAAUAACAAUUUUCAGUUUUUGUAAUGCAAAUUACAUACAGUAAGUACGUAAUAUAUGAUCCAGAAACAAAACAGUUUUUUUUCACUGUGCUUUACUUUUUGGAGAUUUUGUCACAGUGCAAGUGUUACACAAAACAGAAAAUACAUUACAAAGUCAAAAAAUGUGUUCUAACAAAAAAUGCAAUGCACAAAACCUGCACAUACUGUAUAUUACAGUAGCACAACAGUGGCGCAGAAUUGGGCUAAUCCCUCCUAUCCUCCGCAUUUGGCCACCAGGUGUUUUGCAUUGCAAAACUUAUCCUCUGUGUUUUGUACAGAUCAUUGUAUGUAGUGUUGCUUUUACGUUAAAAAAGUAAUUCCAUGCCAAUUCACCAAGAGCUAUGGUGCACAGGGGGAAAAAAAUCUAAAUUACUGUAAAAUAAAAUAAAUAAACUAUAAACUAAAUAUUUUUUCUUAUUCAAACAUGUAACUUCAUUUGUCUGUCCAAAUGCAGCAUCUUUCCAUCUACAGUGAUCUAAAUUACUGUUAGGUUUUGAACAGAAAGUUCACUGUUUUGAACAGAGUAUCUAAACAUUGGUAAUAUAUGCUGUAGUUCCACAGCGUUUUGCCGGUAGUGAACAUUGACUGGGGCAGGUAUCCAUGAAAUUUGGAAGAAGGCGUCAUUGCCAGCAUUUGUAUCUUAGCAUAGGGGCAAGUAACCACAGUUUGGUUCACAUGGUCUACUGGUAUGCUCACUGUGUGAAGUGUUUAGGGAAUGUGAACAUGGUUUAGGUAAAUUGCUUAAAACGAUAGGAAAAAACUGUAAAGUUCAUAUUCUUGAACCGCCCACAGUUACUCUGACCUUCACAGAUUUAGACAGUUCCUUUGGAAGUGCAUCACAGAUCUCCAACCCUUCUUCCUCAGCCCAUACCGAAGUGGGAAGCAGCAGCAGUUGCUCCAUUGCCUCUCAGGAUACCGUCAUUCUGUCUUCACCAGAGCAUGGCCAUCGUUCCCAGCACUGGCCAACUGAAUUCGAAAUCCCAAGGUUUGCUUAUGACACAGAACUUGUCCUUGCUUACGGAAAUGACAAGUACGUCACGGAUGGAACUCCUUUCAGAGUCAACGCAAUCCUAAACGACGUCCUUGAAAAGCUGGCUGAAAGUAUCUAUCACUACGUUGCCUACCCCUCAAUUGACCAGUUCUCUGAUGUUGCUCUGGCAUUGAUUCAGAAGCAACCGUGCCUCAAGGAGCCAGGAUCCUACAAUGAGUGCUAUGGAUGGAUUCAAAGACUGAAAUAUAAAAUGGGGAACUAUAGGACAAAACUAAGAGGUCUGGGAUGCCCUGAGCUUGACGUGAAUUUGACAGCAAACAAACGUCCAAACGAGCGAGCACCUGCUAAAAACAUAAAAAAGCCAAGAAGGGCUGAGAUAAACUAUUUACCUCCUCUCCCAAAAGGGGAAACAAAGGGAAGUUUGGAAAGCGAAAGAGUCGAGCUUCUUACUGAAAUCCAGAAGAGAAACAACAACGUGAUCAUUGCCGAAAAAAUGGCCAAGACUUUCUCCAUUCAAAGAGAUGAAAUUGUUAAUCAGACACCACAAAUCAGCGAAGUUAAAGACAGAUGGCCGGCUCUUUUCGAAGCCACACAGAUUAAUGAAGAAUUUCAAAGACUCACAAUGGUCACCCUGGAGCCGACUUUCAUGGCAAAGCUGGACCAGCACACCCCAAAGAUUCUUUCUUUAAUGGCUUCAAGAGGGGGAGCUGCAAAACCGAAGAUCCAUCUCAUACAGAACAUGCUUCUACAAGAGGAGGCGUCUUCAAUUGAGAAAAAGAGAGAGGCUGCAAUCCGGGGCUUAAUCCUGUACCUUGGAGAAAAGGAUGAUGAUCUCAUUAAAGAUGAAUUGGAUGUUGACGAUGACAGCGCUGAAGUGAUCAAAAUCAUCACCACCAGAUCUGAUCCACCGAGAGCACGAGUGGUCAUUGAGGGAACUUCUGUUCUUGAAGACAUUGAUGUCCCUAGGGCCUGUGCUCUGCUGAUGGGUCUCAUCUAUGCAUUGAACCUGAGCUACCCAAAAAAUCUCAGAAAUACUUUCGAGGUAUUCCAGAAAAUAUUUCUUGAAUUAGACAGCCUGAAAGCCAGCCACAAGGUAAUGUCCUUGAAAUCUAAACUUCUGAUAUAAGGUGGGAUGGAUGCGGUUUUAUUGUGUGUGUUUUGAAUACAGCCAUUGUUAUUUUUUUUUAUUUAUCUUUUUCGUUGUUCAUAUUCUUUCUUCAAAUGUGAAGGCUCUAAUGAGGGCCAGAAUAACACACAUGUUUGUACGGUUGAUUUUUUGACUUUCCAAGUUCCAUUGUGUGCAAUGUUGACUUGUUGAACUGUUGCAGUCAUAUGCAAAUAAAAAACUUUUCAAAUGGUUUAGUCUAUUAUAUUUUAGUAUAGAAAGUUGGAAAACAUGAAAAAGCACUAAGGUAUCAUUUAAAAUGAUAAAAUUAUAUUAAAUCCAUUGAGUUAGUAUUACUCACAACAAUGAUCUAAUCACAGAUUAUACAAAAAAUCUUCUUUGGAAGUUAAGUUUGUUCAGCAUACCUAAGCUUUUAAAAGCCAGCUGAUUUUAGGUAUAGAAUAUUUAACAAUUUAAGUUGGCACUUAGGAAAUAAAGUUUUCUGAACAUGUCUAUGUUUUUAAAAGUCAACUGAUAUUAAGUGCAGCAUACUAAAAAAAUGAAGUUGGUACUUGGGGAAAUUAAGUUUGUUCAACAUGUCUAAGCUUUUUGAAGCCCACUCAAAUUAGGUUUAGCCUACUUAAAAAUUGAGUUGGCAUUGGCAAAAGAAUGAGUUGGUAGUACUUAAUGGAUUGAGUUGGUAGUACUUAAUAAUUGCUUUGUUGGGAAUACUUAAAAAGGGUGAUGCAAAUACUUACCUUAAUUUUUUAAGUUCUGCCAAGGUGUUAUUUUUUAGAGUGUGUGAAGGAUGUUUGGUCAGAUAGUUAUGACGAAGAAUCAUCAAAUUGAUUCUCUGUCUCUCUUACUUAUCUAUUAUUUUGCCCAUGCCCAAUAAAAAUGGUUACUGGUUGAAGCAUUUCAUUUAAAUAUAAAUAUGAUUAAAGAUGGGCAAGAAUCCAUGUGUUUGUGUCUAGGGGUGAAGACAUGGUGAAGUUUGGAGACUAUUUACUUGUGUGACUUAUUCAUUUAUUUUGUCUGUUUAAGGAUGUUGACGAUGACAGCGCUGAAGUGAUCAAAAUCAUCACCACCAGAUCUGAUCCACCGAGAGCACGAGUGGUCAUUGAGGGAACUUCUGUUCUUGAAGACAUUGAUGUCCCUAGGGCCUGUGCUCUGCUGAUGGGUCUCAUCUAUGCAUUGAACCUGAGCUACCCAAAAAAUCUCAGAAAUACUUUCGAGGUAUUCCAGAAAAUAUUUCUUGAAUUAGACAGCCUGAAAGCCAGCCACAAGGUAAUGUCCUUGAAAUCUAAACUUCUGAUAUAAGGUGGGAUGGAUGCGGUUUUAUUGUGUGUGUUUUGAAUACAGCCAUUGUUAUUUUUUUUUAUUUAUCUUUUUCGUUGUUCAUAUUCUUUCUUCAAAUGUGAAGGCUCUAAUGAGGGCCAGAAUAACACACAUGUUUGUACGGUUGAUUUUUUGACUUUCCAAGUUCCAUUGUGUGCAAUGUUGACUUGUUGAACUGUUGCAGUCAUAUGCAAAUAAAAAACUUUUCAAAUGGUUUAGUCUAUUAUAUUUUAGUAUAGAAAGUUGGAAAACAUGAAAAAGCACUAAGGUAUCAUUUAAAAUGAUAAAAUUAUAUUAAAUCCAUUGAGUUAGUAUU